AUGUACACGGUCGACGGACAGAAGCUCCUCGUUGACGCUUGCGACGAUGAGCCAUCAGUCACCCGAUACGUCGCUAAUUACUGGGCGCUGGACUACACCAACCUGGAACCGGGCCAGCUGUUCCCCAAGGAUCCGAUGAUCCACGUCAAGGCGUAUCUCGAGACGAAGCAAAAUGUUGCUGGUUUACAUAUUCUGGCUGGUGGGUUUAUGGAGCCUGUGUUCAGUCCAUUCUUCAACAUUUUUGAUCCCGAGAGCAAUACGUUUCGGUAUUGGGGAGAAGGUGACGAGAUUACGGAGGGUAUUACGUACGACGAUGUGGCGAGGUUCAUUGCUGCGGUUGUUGCCAAUUCCAAGGCCUCUGGGAUCUUAAAGUUUGCUGGUGGCUGUGCCAACAUCCGCGAAAUCGCCCAAUUCUUCGAUCCUUCGAGAAGGUUUACGGAGUGCCCGCGACUUUCGAGCGACUCGGUCCUCUGGAUGUUCUUUACAAGCAUAUGCAUGAAUUGUGGCCCAGCAACCCGCAGAAUGUCUAUGGAUACAUGUCACUGUAAAUCUCUGAUCCCCUUCUACGAUGAGAAUGCUGACUAG